GCUGCGAUGGACAGACGUGACGCCGGCAUAUGAAGACAACAUGGCUAGCUGUAAAAUAUUCCUCCUCACAAUCCUCUACGUCCUUACGAUAGCAUUCUGCGCACCCUUGGAAAAUGUGGACAAGGAUGACCUCAUAGUGCAAGAUAAGGAGGACCUCCAGACGGCAGCAUCUCACUGGGGAGGUUGGGGAGGGUACGGUCAUUACGGAGGAUACGGCGGUUACGGCUACCCUGGUUACGGAUAUUGGGGAUACCCUAGUUACGGAUACGGGUGGUAUGGGGGUUGGCCUUAUGGGGGUUAUUAUGGACACCAUGGGUAUUGGUGGUAGAAAAUAACACCUGUUGACUAUUAAGUUUCCAUCACUUUCCAAAGAUAAAAAUGAUCUGCAACAAACAUAACGUAAGAUAGGUUAUUCAAUUUCGUGACAUAAAUAUAGAUAUUAUUUUAGGAUAUAAUAUACCUUGAUAUAAUAUACUUUAGGAGCUAUCUACCAUAAUUCUGUGUAUGUACAUGAUGUAAAAUUGUUUCAUAAAUACUGUGAUUUACUGAAAAUAAAAUUAUUUAAGUACCUAAAUAUUUCAAAUGUUUAUGAAUUAUAAUAUAACAAUCUAUCUUUAGAUAAA